AUGGACCUGAAGAACGACCUGUCGCGGUGGAUGGAGUCGCCAGAGGACGAUGACGGUGACGACUACGGGCUGAUUAUUGACCACUCACUCACAGAAGCCGCGCUGCCGCCAAUGCCCACGCUUCCGGUCGACAUGCCACGGCUCAGAACACCGCCGCCGGCUGCCGCACAGCUGGGGCACUUGCCGCCGUCAGCGCAGCUUGGGCUGAUGCCGCCCUCGACGCAGCUCAGUCUAAUGCCGCCUGCAGUGUCACCGCGGAGCAUACUCCCGCAGAACCUGCCGCUGAUACAGCCGGCAGCGAAAAAGCCGCAGACGCUGCUGGACAAGUACGUGGAAAACGACGACGAAGACUACAAUGACCUGGUGCUGCCGAACGAAGCCGACCAGCUGGACUCGCACCUGGCUGCACUGAAGACGCCGCGUAGGCGGAUCCCCUCAUGGCCACGCAACUCGGAAUCGCUGUUAUCCGGCGCUACCGCCGUCUCCCCGUCGAAGCCUGCCAGCGAAAAGGCUGCGCACUCGCGGCCCAUGUCUUUGGGCCUGGGCAUAAGCACGCCCGAAAAUGCGCACCGGGUGCCGUCGGCCAGGCAGCGCGUGCUAGAGUGGCAGCUCAAGGGGAAGCAGGAGGCGAGCCACAAGCCGCGCCGGCCGAUGCUUAUCCGCAACAUGUCGCGGGGCAACGAGCCGGUGGUCAUCGGGUGCAUGCGGUACGACCCGGUGGGCCGCAUGUGGGUGGGCAAUGACGAGGAGGGCACGCGGAUUUCCAGCGCCAUUGCUGAGUCUGAUCGGCAGCUGCGGUCACGUGGGCUGAUCCGCAACGAGCCGCUGGACUCGCGCAAGCUCGCGCGCAAAAUCUCGGCCCGCUCUGGCGGCAGCCCACGCAGUGACGAGGGCGAGGAGCCCGUGGACCCGAAGCCCAGGCCCGUGUUUGACCCGCAGAAUCUGCGCUGGAUUGAUCCAAACGAGCACAAAGGCGACCCGCUGCACGACCCGUUCUGGAACAUCCCCGACCUGCCGGUUGACCCGGCCCGUGCUGACAAGAUGCGGUCGCGCAGCAGAUCCGAGGCCGUCUCCAUGGCCAACGUCUUUGCACUGACCGACGAGCAGCGCCAGACCUUUGCUCACGAGAGCAAAGAGUACGGGGCGUUUGCACGGCGGUGGUUCCCCAAGACCACCGCAGCCUAA